AUGUGUUAUGUGUGCUGUAAGGAGCUGAAGGGCUGGUGCAACUCAUUCACGCGGGCUGAGGGACUCCUCUCUCUCCUAGAGGCUAUUUUCCUUGUGGUAUUUUUUAGCUUUUUCAUAUUUUUGAUACUUCACUUUGUUGCCUGUCCCACAUAUCCGGAAGGUAUUACUGAAGAACAUCCGAAAAUAACUGAGGCAACGACGAGCACCAUCGUCGUAGUCACCACCGCUUCGUACCCACCCAUCACCGGCGCGUUCACUGGCGCAGAGUCCAGCAGCAGCACCGGCAGCACCGGCAGCACCAGCACUCUGCCGCCAGACGUGGAGUGCACGUGGGAGGCGUCACGACAGACUUCUGCUGGCACGCAUUACUAUCUCACGACCGAGCCUCGUAGCUCGCGUCGCCAAACUGAUACACCGUCCACAAGGUACGUGGAGGAUGAGGACAUCACGGCAGAGACAUUAGACAUAUUCAACAGUACUCUGAAACCUCCUCACGACUAUGACGAUGACCAAUUUGUAGAACCUGUAGAUGGCGAGCCGGCCGACGACACCUACAAAAGUCAAGUCGUGGCUCUGGUCAAGUUAAAGCCUCUUGGGGACGUGACCUUCGGCUGUAUUUUGACUAAAGUAACAAAAUUUUGGACAUUGACGGCGGCCAGCUGCAUAGAGUCGAUCGAGGAAGUGGACUCGCUGGACUCGUUCGUCAUGAUCGAGCAGUUCGGCGAGGCGGCGGCUUCGCGACCGCGCGGCGUGGCGGACGUGCGCGUGCACCCGCAGUUCCGCGCGGCCGGGCGGUCGCGCGAGCACGACCUGGCGGCGCUGCGGGCGCACCGCGCGCUGCGUGCUGGCGCCGCGCCGCGCCUGCCCGCGCUGCCCGACUACUUCCUCGUCGCUAUCGGCGAGCGCUUCCACAUUCUCGGCUACGGAGGGUUUAGGAGCAGCGCGGGCGACAGGGCGGCGCGGCGGCUGCGGCAGGCGGCGGUGUUCGCGCUGGCGGGCGGCGCGUGCGGCGCGGCGGGCGCGCGGCACCUGGCGGGCGCGGGCGCGGCGCGGCACGGCGCGUGCGGCGCGGCGGCGCUGUGCGCGGGGCUGCGCUGGGCGCGCGGCGCGGGCUGCGGCUACUGCGCGGGCACGCCGCUGCUGCGCGCCGGCAAGCUGUUCGGCGUCAUGAGCGACGCCGGCGGCUGCGGCGUCACCUGCGAGCCGCAGCUCUACGUCAACAUGGCCACGCUGCGCGACUGGAUCGACGCAGUUACUAUCGAUUAAAAUAUUUAUUUUUUACUGCAA